AUGGAUGCUCACUACAUUACGUACGCAAGCACAUCUCUCCGUGAUUCCUCCAAGAUAUACCAGGACCUUAGGUCCACCCGUCUAUACAGCAUCGUCGGGGCUCAGAAAACCCGACUUCUGGGAUCACUUGCUAUGGACUCUCUCGAAAAGCAGAAGUUCUCUGAUUUGGACGGACAGCCUCAUAUAGGUAUCGUGGGCGCUGGUCUCGCCGGUUUGCGUUGCGCCGACAUUCUGUGCCGGUAUGGAUUCCGCGUCACCAUCGUCGAAGGUCGCGACAGAAUCGGCGGCCGUAUGGUUCAGGAACGGCUUCCCAACGGCCACUUGGUUGACCUAGGGCCCAAUUGGAUCCACGGUACCAGCGAAAAUCCCAUGCUGGAUCUCGCGAAGCAAACGAACACGGCAGUUGGAAGCUGGGACACGCGGACUUCCAUGUUCGAUGAGUCUGGCAAACUCUUUCAUCUCAACGACAGUGAAAACUAUUCCGAGAUUAUGUGGGAUAUUGUGCAGGACGCUUUCAGGCAUUCUAAUAAGCACUGGACGACGAUUCCCGCCGAAGAGAGCCUCUGGGACUUCUUUCAGAAGAAGGUGGUCGAACGAAUCCCCGAAACUGAAGCGGACUUUGAGCGAAAACGCAACACCGUCCUCCAGGUGUCUGAGCUCUGGGGUGCAUUUGUGGGCAGCCCUAUUACUCGACAAAGUCUCAAGUUCUUUUGGCUGGAGGAGUGUAUCGAGGGCGAAAACCUCUUCUGCGCUGACACUUACCACAAGAUUCUCGAAACCAUAGCGAGGCCGGCAAAAGAGCACGCAACCAUCAUGUACAACACGCGGGUGGAGAGGGUUGAGCUACGAACGCAGGAUCGACCACACCCCAGGAUACGCACCAGCGGGGGUGCCAUUCUCGAAUUUGACGAAGUGAUCCUGACCGCGCCGCUGGGGUGGCUCAAAAGGAACCUCGCCGCGUUUGACCCCUCGCUCCCAGAAAGACUUCAACAAGGAAUCAACUCCAUCGGCUAUGGAUGUCUCGAGAAGGUCUACAUCAGCUUUCCCAAGGCGUUUUGGCUCGUCCCCGACUCCGAAGGCCGGGUAGUGCAGGGGUUCUGCCAGUGGUUGGCGCCGAGAUACGCCCCCGAGACAAACCCAAGGAAGUGGAACCAGGAGAUCGUGGAGCUGGCCUCGUCAGGCCUUGCUACCUCACACCCCACGCUCCUGUUCUAUAUAUACGGGGAGGAGUCUCAGUUCAUCACAGAAGAACUGGGCAAGAUGCAGACGGAGGAGCAGCGGGACGGCUUUCUGUACAGCUUCUUCAAGCCGUACUACUCGCGGCUCCCGCAGUACGACGAGGCAUCGCCGGACUGCCAACCGACCGGGUGCCUGGCGACGGACUGGCUGCACGACGACUUGGCCGGCAAUGGCAGUUACAGCAACUUCCAAGUGGGCCUCGAGCAAGGCGAUAAGGAUAUCCGGACCAUGAGAGACGGAGUGCCGGAAGGGGGGUUGUGGCUGGCUGGGGAGCACACGGCCCCUUUCGUGGCGCUGGGCACGGCGACCGGGGCGUACUGGAGUGGAGAGAGUGUAGGGAGGAGGAUAGCGGAGGCUUAUGGACGGGAGAUGGAGACGGAUAAGUCGUAA